UUUGUCAACAAAGAGCGGUCUCGUCCUCACUCGUCAAUUUCCGUUCGCACUCGUUUUCUGAACAUGGCGAUCGCACGAACCUCCGCGUCCUUGCUACUAUCACUGAACAGAAGGUUAAUCAACCCGCAGCUUAAUGUCGUCUGCUCAUAUCACAAAAAGGUCGUGGACCACUAUGAAAACCCGAGGAAUGUGGGCUCUCUAGACAAAAAGUCCAAAAAUGUGGGGACAGGUUUGGUGGGUGCACCAGCCUGUGGAGACGUCAUGAGGCUUCAGAUCCAGGUGGAUGAAAGUGGUAAAAUAGUGGAUGCCAAGUUCAAAACCUUUGGGUGUGGAUCAGCUAUUGCCUCCAGCUCUCUGGCAACAGAGUGGGUGAAGGGGAAGUCGGUUGACGAUGCACUGAAGAUCAAGAACACAGACAUUGCCAAAGAACUCUGCCUUCCUCCGGUCAAGCUGCAUUGCUCUAUGCUUGCAGAAGAUGCCAUAAAAGCAGCUCUGUCAGACUACAGGCUGAAACAACAGGACAAGGAGGAGUGACGUGCCAAAGCCGGCGGCUCAUGUGCCGUCAUUUACUAUCCAUUUUGGAGAUUUGUUGUUUUGGGUUUUUUGAAAUCUCAGCACCAGGUAACGCCUUGCGGCAGCGCUGUGUCAAAGAUGAAUUACCGUAAAAGGUCUUGCAUCAUUCAGGGACUUUCACACGUCUCCAUGGCUGUGGUGUCAGUCUCUUGAAUUCAAGCCUAGAUUUCAAGUGCCACGUAUCAGUGGUGUGUACCAUUUUUUAGAUUUUCAUCAGACGAUCAGACAUGUUUAAAGACUCGUGGUGAAUGUUUUAAGACUCUGAUGCUUAAUUUAAAGAGCUUAACACUUUUUCUACACAUGGCAUAAUGGUGAUCUUUAAUAAAGCAGGAAUAAUGGGUUUGAGGUGUUGGUUUUUGUAUAUUUUUUGGCUUUAGGACUUUAUUUGGCUUUGUUGUAUCAAAAUCACCGGUCUCUCAUGAAGAUUUCGGUAUGAAAAUACAGUUAGGUCAACAGAGAAAGAUCACAUACAAAAACAGAAAAAAUUGUAUGAGACAGUCUGCUUAUUGUAAAUAAACUGAUUAAAAACAA